GCUGCUGGCAGAAUACUGGUGCGUCCUUCCUUAUACCACACACCCUAAAUUUGACUGCAGUCAUCCUGAGAAGUGCGUUUCAGGUUAUUUACUGAUAUGCAGCAGUAUUUGUAGGAGAUAUGAAGCUGUGUCAGAUCGUCGUCUCAAAUUUCGUGUACCGGUAUGUACCUUGUCGACCACGGAGAUAAUUGCGAAUUUGCGACGGAUUACGACGAGCGACCCUUUUCCCAACCCGCGGUUCCGUAUUGACUGGGCACUAUGCAUUCAACUUUCUGAAAAACAUUGGACCUUGGCUAUCUGUAGCCUCUUUGCCAACAGCAACAAUGUAUCAUGUUAUAAAAGGACUUGUUCUAACAGAAUCCAGAUGCUGGGAUCCCGAUAGUGAAAGGUCAUACCAAGACAUAUUCGAUCAACUGGACACCAACAAGGAUGGGAAGGUCGAUGUUGCUGAAUUGAGAGCGGGGCUAACCGCCAUGGGCAUGUCAUUCCGCAGAGGUGCAGCGCAGAAAAUUGUAUCGUCUGGUGACCAAAACAAAGAUGGAGGGCUUGACUUCAAUGAGUUCAACAAAUAUCUGAAAGAACACGAGAAGAAACUGCGCCUGACGUUCAAGAGCUUGGACAAAAACAACGAUGGGCACAUCGAUGCCUCUGAAAUCAAGCAGUCCCUUGAAGAGCUGGGCAUGGACAUAACCAAGGAAGAGGCCCAGACCAUCCUACAAAGCAUGGACAUUGAUGGCACCAUGAUGGUGGACUGGAACGAGUGGAGGGAUCACUUCCUGUUCAAUCCUGCCCAUAACCUGAACGAGAUCAUACGCUACUGGAAACACUCCUCGGUGCUGGACAUAGGUGAGAGCAUUGCCAUCCCUGAUGAGUUCACAGAGGAGGAGAAGACCUCUGGUGGCUGGUGGAAACAGCUGGCUGCCGGGGCGAUGGCUGGGGCGGUCUCUCGCACAGGCACCGCCCCCCUGGACAGGGUGAAGGUCUUCAUGCAGGUCCACUCCUCCAAGUCCAACCGGGUCACCCUGCUGGGAGGAUUCAAGCAGAUGAUUAAGGAAGGGGGCGUGGCUUCAUUAUGGCGAGGGAACGGGGUCAACGUGUUAAAAAUAGCCCCUGAGACUGCUAUCAAAUUCAUGGCCUACGAACAGUAUAAGAAGCUGCUGACACCAGAGGGAGGGAAGGUCCAGACCCACCAGAGGUUCAUGGCUGGCUCUCUGGCAGGAGCCACCGCCCAGUCAUCCAUCUACCCCAUGGAGGUGAUGAAGACCAGACUGACUCUGGGGAAAACUGGCCAGUAUAAUGGAAUGUUUGACUGUGCCAAGAAGAUUCUGAGGAAAGAGGGCAUCAAAGCCUUCUAUAAAGGCUACACUCCCAACAUGAUAGGCAUCAUUCCCUAUGCUGGCAUCGACCUAGCUGUUUACGAGCAACUCUGGAAGUGUCGGACAAGUCCACCAUGACUGGACUGAUGAAGGGGAUCAUGGCUAACGAGGGUUUCUUUGGACUGUACCGGGGUAUCCUGCCCAACUUCAUGAAAGUGAUUCCUGCUGUGAGCAUCAGCUAUGUGGUCUACGAGUACAUGAAGACCGGCCUGGGGAUCUCCAAAUGAUGCAGGGACAGUCAGACAGGAUGUUAAGUCUUUAGGUCUUUUUGGACAGUUCAGUUGGAACUUAGUGAUCCGCACAGACUUUUAUGAUCUCACGUGGACAACCAAACGUUGCCAUCUUGUGAUCACUCUGUGUACUGGGCCUUACGAGGAGAACCAUGAAAUCAAGGUUGGGUCUGAGAUAGGCCAUAGCAGUAGACUCUCCAAAAAUGAUGCUCUCCUCUUUAACUCAAGGUGAAAUUCCAAUAUGGUGCAAUAUACCUGUUAAGAACUGCAUUAUGGAUCUUAAAACAUAGAGGACGAGGUAUCGAUGUCUUCAGGUGAACACUGUGAACGAGGUUCAAGAGCUUUGUCCAAACUAUUUUUGUUCCACUGUACACUCCAUGUGCACAUUUUAGAGAAUCCCACACUACUACAGUUUGCUAUAGAAUUCUGUGGUAAAUUGUAGUCUGGGUACCAGUCAAUUUAGCUAACGUUCCACUAUCUGUACUCCGUGUCAUAUGCCUAAGAUAUAUUUAAAGAAUGAAGAAAGACCCCUCUCUUUGGCAUAUGACAUGGAGUAGGCUACAAGGAGUGGAAUGUUAGCUAAAUAGACUGGUACCCAUCAUCAACGAUCACUCGGGGUUGAGUAUGAUUGUCCUCCUGGUGGGUCUUCAGAUGGCUGAAGAGGCCGAUCCGGGAGCCACAUAUUUUGAUGCGGUAUGGGCCAGGGUGAGUGGUGGUGGUGGUGGUGGGUGGGCGUUCUUGAUGGGAACUCUCUCCUUUGGAAGUUGCCACUUGUCCUCUGCGGCACGGCAGAGAUUUUCUUUGUACCUUGCAACUUCGUCAUGGACAGCUUUUCUCCAUGUCGACCUGUCGAGGAGUGGAAUAUUAGCCAAAAAGACUGGUACCCAGGCUAAGUAAACUGUAGAAUACUAUACUGCACACGGUAGUAUCCCUCGAUCAGGGUUAUUACUUAAUAUAUCAUUUGGUAGAAUACUAUACUACACAGUGUGGUAUUCCUCAUUCAUGUGUAGUACUUACUGUAGAAUUCUGUAGUGAACUGUAAAAUAUUUGAAUAUGCCCAGCCAAUCCCCCCCCAUUUUCCAAUUUGUGCCACCCGUGAGUGAGAAGCCUACAUGCCAGGUAUAGACCAUAUAUUGUGUUCCCUACAGGUUAUGGGAAAUGUGCUCUUAGUAUUUCUCCAGUAGGUUUCCUCAAGGAGAAAGCCCCCACUUCUAUAGCAAAGAUAAUAAAACAAAAGCACUAUAGUAAAUACUACAGUAAUGUCUAAAAAACACCACAGUAAAUACUAUAGUAUAUAUUCUACAAUUUUUUAACUAUAGUAAUAUUACAGUAUGCUAUAAUAAAUUGUAAAUACUAUAGUAUAUUAGUAAUGUAUGCAUAAAACACUGUAGUAAAUAGUACAGUAAUGUCCACAGAACACUGCAGUACAUACUAUAGUUUUUUAAAACUAUAGUAAUACUACAGUAUUUAUAAGUGUGCCUUACCCUGAGUUCAAUAUUAUAUGUUUCUAUCUUAUUUGGUUGGUUAUAUUUAGGUGUACAGGUUAGUCAUCUACCUUGUUGUUGACUGUUAAGCUGAAUCUCAAGCAAAAAUAUUCAUAGUUACAAAAGCUUGCAUGCAGAUAUUGUCUAUGAAUCAUUACUGGAGCUGAGGGGGGAAGUCUUAAAAAAUGCUGCCUCUUUUUUUUGCUAAGCUUGACUGAAAUUCAAGUAGGUUGUGUACACUGUCAAUACUGGUUUUCAGAAUGACUUCAGGAUCCCCCCUACACACACACUCCAUAUGCAUGCCAUGCACCCACUGAAGACUUUUACUACUUGAGGCCAAUGGUUGUUAUGUUGCCUCAAUGUCUUAUGUCUUAAUUAUGUUUGAAUAUGUAAUAGGUCUACUAUGCCUUAAUCAAUUGACAUUGUGAGAGUUGUAUGAAUGUCCUCACAAAGCUUAGACUGAAAGUGUUAUGGGUCGAAACAAAUGUUUACAGAAGGUUGUCCAUAUAAAUAUUCACAAUGGAAUGUUUUCAAUUGAAUUUAAAUGAAUAGUGCUCGCCCAGUGCAAAGCCAACCCCAAAUUGUCAAUGCUGUGUGCAUGUCGCAUCUAGAGGUCUUGCAGUGCACGUUUGUGAAUGCUUAUUCCGCGAAUGAUUUAAUUGAUCUGUGUCAAUCAACUCUAGAUCAUCGUCAUCCCUGUGCGGACACCCAAAAACCUAUCCAAUCAAUUCAUCGUGUACCUUUAAAAAUAUAUAUAUUUUUCAUAAUACAAAAACAACUUGCAUCAAACAUGUCUAACAAAACAAAACACAGGUAUUAACAAGAAAAUACUCAAACAUACAAAAAAUGUCAAUAAAAUAAUAAAAAUAA